CGCUCCGCUGUCGACUCGCCACCUGACACUUGUAAACAAUGGCGGUGACGGUGCGGAGGGUUCUCCUUCCCAUAUUUUUAAUGAGCAUUUUCGCCAGACUGUCUCCGGUUACCUGUACAAACAACCAGCUUGAAGUUAUGCAAGAACAAGAACUAAGACAACUUAUUAUCGACGAGGACUACGUGGUGGUUCUGUUCAGUAAUGCUGGCGACUGCACAGGAAGAUGUGAGGAGUUGGAAGAUACCCUUGCCUCCAUCAGGGAAGAUGUAGUGGAGGCACUUAAUGCUUGGGUGGUACGCACUCACUCCCUGACCCUCUCCACUGAAUAUGGCCUCAACACAAAGAAAACAGGUGACAUAAUAUUUGUAAGGAAAGGUGUUCCACUCCUGUACAGCGGCCCUGCAGAUGAUGAUGAGUACUUGCUGCACUAUCUCAUCACCAACCCAGAGUCCUCCAUUCACACCCUGACUGAUGUCAAUUUUGAGCAUCUGACUCAGGCUGCAACUGGAGCCACAACAGGAGACUGGCUGGUUAUGUUUGCCCGGGCAGACUGUGAUUCAUGUGUCCAGCUGCAGUCUACUGUUGAAGCCGUCGCUGCUGUGCUGAAGAACAAGAAAAACGUGGCAGUGGUUGACCGUGAUGACCAAGGAGGCCAAACCACCCGCAGGUUUGGAGUGAAGACAUUCCCCUCAUUCAUACUGUUCCGGCAAGGUCGCCUGUACCGCUACAUGCUGCCAGCAGUGGAUGCCACCACUCUGGAACACUUUGCCUCUGAUGGCUUCAGAAAUGCUCGGGCAGAGAGUGUUCCUCAUCCCAAGACACCUUUUGAUGAUUUCACUGAAUGGUGUGCUGAUUGGCUGCGAGAAAACCCAGAGAAAGCCUGUCUGGGACUAGGGAUUCUGGCCGUGGUGGUUGCAGGAGCAGUGUUCUUCUGUGUGCAGUCCUCAAGACAAGCUGCUGCCACUGCAAACAAAAAGGCAAACAAGAAGAAAAAAUAAUUGAGAGAAAUAUGUGUUUGGCAGGCCAGGGAUAAGUAGCACUAAGAUGUUAUUUAUUGUGAUAAGAAGUGAGUGAUGUUGCUGGAUGUCCAUGGUGUCAAUCUGUGAAUACAUAGCAGAUUGUUGUAUGAAAAGGAGUCCUUUGUACUUUUUUACAAACAGGUUGAUUGUGAUCACGUCAGAUUUUAGACAAACAUGGAAGUCAUCAUAAUGCACGUUUUGAUACACAAACAUUUGUUUCAUUUGUGAUGCGUCAACGUACAGUUUUUGCGUGUGUCAUCUGUAUAAAGAAAGGAAGCCACAUAUUGGUAUUCUGAUCGAUGUAUUCAAGAGAUAUUUUUUAUCUCUUUUCAUUUCAAAGCAUUUAAUUUCAAUGAAGCCUUGAUGUGAAGAAAAUGCAUGGUGUAAUAUAACAUGCUGUACAAAUAGUGUUGGCUUUCUUGUUGUGAUUUCAUUUAUAUGCUUGAGAAUGAUUAAUACUUUCAUCAAAUUCACAAUAUUAAACAGACAGGUUUUCUUACCAAAUUAGCCUUUUAUUCAGCAUCCAAAUAUCUAAGUAACAGUCAGUAGUUCUCUCAAUGUGUAAUUAGUUGCCAGGCACUUGAACAGUAUUGGUCUCUGGCAACAAAACUCAGUAUUAAUUUUUGUCUGGUACUGAGCAGCAAAUUGACUGAUGGAUCUUGCACCACUAAUAUAUAUAUAUGAAGUCUGUGUAUAAGCUUUGUUAAAAUUGUGGAUUAUUACCUACAACUCAGUAUAUCAAAUGGAAUGGAUAUAAUUUAAGAAAAAAAUCUUUCACCUCCAUUCCAGAACUGAAUGGAUUUAAGACACAUGGCUUGUGGCAUCUGAUCUGUUUUAGCCUCAAAACAAUUCCCACUAUUACUUGCAGACUUAUCAUCACUGAGUACUCAGACAGGCUUGCCAAUCAGUCAGUCUCUCUCUCUCUCUCUCUCUCUCUCUCUCUCUCUCUCUCUCUCUCUCUCUCUCUCUCUCUCUCUCUCUCUCUCUCUCUCUCUCUCUCUCUCUCUCUCUCUCUCUCUCUCUCUCUCUCUCUCUCUCUCUCUCUCUCUCUCUCUCUCUCUCUCUCUCUCUCUCUCUCUCUCUCUCUCUCUCUCUCUCUCUCUCUCUCUCUCUCUCUCUCUCUCUCUCUCUCUCUCUCUCUCUCUGCAGGACUUGGAAGAAUUAUUAAAAUUACUCACAAAUAUUCAGCCAAAUUGGAUGUCUACAAGGCCCAAAUAUAGUAACUUGCAACUUGCACUUCUGAUAAAGCAAAAUGUAGUAAUUUUCAGCUUGCUGAUCUAGGUCUAGAUUCAGUAGUAGCUGGGGAAGUAACAUGCUCAACAUUGAUACAAGAUACACAGGUAUAUUGUGUGUGUGUGUGUGUGUUGAGCUCCAUUCCAUUAUGUAAUAAUCUGCACAAGUUACAUUGCUACAAACAAAUUUGAUUUUAAACUGACCAGUUUGCAAAAUAGAGUCCCAUUUUCCCAUUAUUUCUUAUGGACUAAAUGCACACUUUUUCUUGUGGAGGUGCCACAGGGUCGGCAGACACUGACCUCAAUCUUCGGGAAACCACUGCUUGUAGGAUUAAAGUUUCCCAGCUAAAUGUCACCACAGAAUAUGAAUUUCAUAAGAAAUGUGCAUGCUAGACUAGGUGAUGCAAUGCUUCUUUGGGUUUGGAGAAGAGUGCUACUAGCCUCCAUAGCUCUAUCACUAGCAGAAGCUCUUGUUGUAAUGGUACAUAUCACUGGCCUAUAUCACCUGCAGCACCAUGUUAAUGUGGAUCAACAAUUCAGUGUCAAUAAAAUGGCUGUACCAUCUAUACUUGUAUAAAGAUUGAGCACUGAAGGCCAAGUAAGCAACAUAUGACAAAACAACGUAAGCUUGAAUAAUUUUUCGUCUGCAAGAUUGUUUUCAGUUGACUCUUUAGUCUUUUCUCAUGUAUCUCAUGUUAAUUUUAGUACAAAUCUAUUAACACUCUUAAGUGUUGUGUUAUAAUGUUUAGUAAAUAUAUCUACAGUGCAAUCCCAAAACUCUUAAAACAAGUGAUAACAAAUGUUCACAAUCAAUGCAUCAAUGAUGCACUGAGCCACAUAAAUAUACAUGCUUACAUACAUACAUUCCACUGUGCUACAUAGAGUAAAUGAGUAUGAAAUAAUCAUGGUGGCUCACUACAUUAAAGAAAAUAAAAAUCUUCAUUGUUCAUGAGAGAAAGAAACUGCAAGGAUGCUUUACAUAAUAUACUCACAUGAAAAUGUACAUGUAUAGGCUCAGAAGAACAAAUGGUGGUUUCUGUGAUGACUCUUUGGCAAAGUACAUUGCAUCAUAAUUUACUGCUCCAUUACCAGCAACUCAAAAGCGGGAAUCAUCCUGUACCCAAAGCACAUCACCAAUUGUUGAAUUCUUGUCCAAAUAUCAAAGGUCAACUUUAACACAGGAUAAAAUUUUACAUGACCAUGCAAAGCAUUCUGUCCAUGAGAAAACAGUUUGGGAGUAUUCACUUCUGCAGUUGAAUAAAGGCAAACUAGGUGUUAUAAUUAUAACAUACUGUUUGACGUAAAGACUGCUCUACCAUUUUGGUAAUUUGUGAUAGUAUUUCUCCUAUUCUCCUUAUUAAAUGAGACACAACUCGCAAGUGACAUUAAUUCCUAUGACCCUUGUUCACACAAUAUCAGAGUAUUCACACAACUUCUUGAAAAAGGUACCUUUAGGUUGAGAUGUUUUAUGACACUUCACUUUUAACUGAGAGAAGGGGAAGGAGUCAGAUCCAGAAAGUGGUUUGGGCAUAGUCAGGUCAAGAUGUUCUAGAAAAGACCUAGCUGUGAUGCAGUGAUCUCAGUACCAGAUUCACAAAGACUUUGAAAUUUAAAGCUCCUGCUGGUGCUUUAAAAGUUCCUCUUAUGCAUCAGCUGUAUUAAGUGUUACCAUAUGAUGAUCUUAUGUUUUAAUGGUAACAUUGUUUUGUUAUAAAAAUGUGUCCUGUAUAAUUUCAUGGCAUCAAGCAAGGAAUGCUUGAGCUUCAUGCUGGUUAACAGCUUCUUCAGCCUCAUUCUUACUGAUGGGAGGAUAUGUAUUGUGCCUCUUUGCUUACAUUUUCUCACAA